UAAUUUGAAAAUUUUUGCUUUAAGAAAGUCCUAAAUGAAAGUUUUAAGGAAAUUUCUUUAGUGUGGAUGAGAUUUAAAAGUGUACAUUGAAGUGAUAAUGAUAGAUCUCGAUCAAAGCAAAAUUGUCAAGUGAAUUGUGACUUUAAAAGGACAUCAAAGUACCGCUGAAAAUUUAUUGAAAUAAUUUAUAACAAUACUAGACUACAAAAUAGUCAGAAUGCCAACAGAAAAGACACCGUUGUUGAUAAAAUCAUUGAGAGAUGAAGUCGUUGUUAAAAUUUCGGAUGAGAACAACAAUAAUGUUAGAACAUCAAAGUGUUUGACUUAUGAAGAACUGAUGCCAUAUGUAAUCGACCCAUACUGGAUGCGAAUCAGAAAUAUCUUAUCCUAUCUCGUAAUUACUGGAUUCUUCGUAAUAUUGCUUCUCGCUUACAUCAGCGCUUAUAUAUCAACGUCAGAGUGUCGAAGUUUGUUGACUAUUAUGCAGCAUCCAAUUUUAAAUGAUAAGAGCUAUGUGACAAAUGCAACGAACGAUUUUAUUCCCAUUGGGCUUGUGCCUUUGAUGUUAGAAAAUAUAACAAAAAUUGGAUGGUUUGCUGAUGCUCAUUCUUAAUUAGUGUAGAAGCUUGAAUUUAAGGAUCAUGCCCGAGAAUAAUUGCAACAGAAUGUUAAUUAUAAUGAAAAUUUAAGAUUGAAUGUUAAAACUGUUUAAAGAAAGACCAGAAAAAGUUAGAGAAGUGCCGAGAAU